AGGCGACAUAACUUCGAUGAGAUUGACUUCAUGUUGGUGCUUGUAGGUUUUCUGUCAAAUUUUCCUACUAGUGUUCGUUGUUUUGUAUGUUUACCUAUAUCUUUCGUAUCUUUUUUUAAAGCCGAAUCCAUAUCAGCUCGAUUUAAGGGCUGGGCAAUGCGCCAUGUCAUUCAAUAGCUCGCAGUUAGAUUCUGCUUCUCCCGAUUUAGUGACAGUUAUAGUUCAUAGCCUUAUGUGUCAUCGGCAGAGUGGAGAAUCUGAAGAGUUUGCAAGACGCGCUAUUGAGAGUCUUGUGAAGAAAUUGAAAGAAAGGCAAGAAGACUUGGAAUCCUUGGUAACUGCCAUAACAACGAGUGGCAGCCAACCAAGUAAGUGUGUCACAAUACAAAGAACUUUGGACGGACGUAUGCAGAUUGCUGGGCGGAAAUGUCUUCCCCACAUUAUUUAUUCACGAAUAUGGCGCUGGCCUGAUUUGCAUCGAAAUGAGUUAAGACACUCUAAACAUUGUUUAUUUGGAUUUGAACUGAAACAAGAUUGCGUGUGUAUUAAUCCUUACCACUAUGAAAGAGUUGUUUCUCCUGUUGACUUGGCUGCUCUGAGCCUUAGUCCUACACCAGAAAAAGGAGACAUGUGUAGCGACACAGAAAGUGAAUCCAACUGUCCGGACUCCCUAGUUUCUGGAUUCAAGGGAGCUCAAAUAGGUGAUAUGGGAUCAUGUUUGCCAGGAGAUCCUAUUAAUGAAGGGAAAAAUUGUAAUUCCUCCGUCUUAUCCACUCAUCCUCGUCUUACUGUUCGAGAUCUUCUUGGUGAACACAUAUCUCAAACAGGUUGCUCAAAAAAUCAAGAGUGUGAUUUGGAACAGACUCCUUUAUUAUCCAACUCACAAAUCGAUUCGUCUCCAGCACUCUCAUCAAGCAUUUCGAUAUCGAGAGUUAACCCAGCUCCACAUUUGGAUAGAGGACAGAGCACUAUGGCCUGGUCAGGUAUCGCUAACCAAAACCAUCCAAAUACAUUUAUUCAUUCUGCUACUAACUUCUCGAAAGACAGUUCCAUAGAAUCGGAAAACACGUGUGUAACAGGAUAUUCGAAAGUGAUCCCUGUGAAUUUGCCUACGAUUAGAACGAUGGAUGUUUUUAAGUGUACGAUCGAUCCGCCUAUUAUUUUUACGCCAGUUCAAACCAACAGCCUUUUAACAAGUAGUUUCGUUCCAACAACAUAUUCCUCAAACGCGACUCCAGUUUGUCUAUCAGGCAACACUAAUGGUGCUGUAAAUAAUAGCUCUAAUAAACGUCCUGGUGGCUCUUCAGGAACUGCGGGUGGUUGUAGUACUGGAGGAUCUGGUUUUGGCAGCGGUGCACCAUGUAGUGGAGUAGGUGGUGCGGCUGGAGCUGGUGGUGGUGGGUGGGGCAAUCGUAGGGGUCCCCCUGCCCCACCAUUCACUCCUUCUGGAUCUCUACUCCAACCGUUGCCAGUCCUAACUACACAACGUCCUCCUGAAUACUGGUGCAACAUUGCUUACUUUGAACUGGACCAACAGGUCGGUGAAUUGUUUAAAGUUCCAAGCCAGUAUUCACGUGUCACCGUUGACGGUUACACGGAUCCUUCUAGUCCAAAUCGUUUUUGUCUCGGACAACUAUCAAAUGUACACCGGUCGGAGCAAUCCGAAAAGUCGAGACUUUAUAUUGGCAAAGGUGUAGAACUAGAUAACGUUGGAGAAGGUGAUGUUUGGAUUCGCUGUCUUUCAGAGUUCUCUGUAUUCGUACAAAGCUAUUAUUUGGAUAGAGAGGCUGGCCGUGCACCUGGUGACGCUGUCCAUAAAAUAUAUCCUGGCGCUUAUAUCAAGGUAUGAUGUCAGUUUUAAAUGGUGCGAUAUGUGGAAUUUAUUAUAUCAACUGGUUCUCAUCCUAAUUUAAUAAAAUUUCCUCUGAGUAAUGUUUACUGGCUACAAUAUCAAACGCGCGCUUCUUUUUAGCGAUACGCACUUGGUUGUAUUUAUGAGUGGAAUUCUUUGGUUGCAACUUCACUAAAACUUCAGGACAGCAGUAAUUGCUUAAGUUAAUCUUUUUGGAAAAUUAUAUUAUUCAUUUACUUUUUUCUUAUAACGAGUAUUUUUUUAUCUGAUAUUAGCUAAAUCUAAAAGUGGUUGUAAAAUUGUUCCGGUAUUAUAAGUUCAUUGUAACUUAUUUUUCAUAUAAUAUUUACUCGAUUUUUAUUUCCUAUGAUCAUACUAGCUUGUGUAGUUUUCAUUUUCUUCUAAUACUAGGUUUUCGAUAUAAGACAGUGUCAUGAAGAAAUGAAAUCCCUUGCUCAGUCUUCUCACGCUGCUGCUGUCCGACAAGCUGCGGCUGUUGUUGGGUCACCUACGACAAGCGAUUUAUUGUCUCAGAUACCUGGUGCCCUACCUCUAGGUUCCAACCAAUCUGCUCCAGGAUCUUUACCUGGUACACUAGGUACAGGAGCAUCUAUUAUGGCUACUGCUGGGGUCGGGGUGGAUGAUCUUAGACGUCUUUGUAUGCUUCGGUUGAGUUUCGUUAAAGGAUGGGGACCAGAUUAUCCUAGACGUAGCAUCAAAGAAACACCUUGCUGGAUUGAAAUACAGUUGCACAGGUAUGACUUUAAAAUUUAUUUUCCUACAAUAAUAAACCAGUACCGUAUAGGCGUGAACAAAUUACUACCAUCUUAUAACUUACUGCAUUCAUGGUCCCAUGUUAUUUUGAAAAUUAGUUUAGAGAACUGAAAUGGACGGUUUGAAAUUGUAGAGUUUGCUUAGUAUACACUGAAAAUAUUUCUCACUUUUUGAAGGAUUUUUUAACCUUUGGUCUUUUUACUGUUCACUGUCUUGUUAAUUAUGAUGAAUGAAACUACACAGAUUUGUAGAAUUCUAAGUGGAUGCACUGUAGUUAGGUAAAAUAUAAUACCUCUAAAGCUGGAAAGAAUUAGAUUUUUGUUGUGAAUUUCAGAGAUACCACCAAAAUAUCAUAAAAACCAUAAAUCUAUGUAAACCUACCUUGAAAAUUCUGUUUUACUUUAUAUCACUAAUAGUUGUCAACUACUUAUGGUCUCUUCCGUUUUUUGUGUUGUUUCCACUUUUUUUCAGACCUCUACAGUUGCUGGAUGAAGUUCUCCAGGCUAUGCCUCUUAAUGACUUAAAACCAACCCGACAUUUCUUUUCUUAUUUUCCACAACCAUCUGGAUGCAACUCAGUGAGACCAGCAGCAACCAAACGUGUAUAAGUUGCUGGGACUAAGAUAUUUCUCCUUUUUUACUUCAAGAUUUCAAACGUUUAUUUUAACUAAUCUAUUUCCUGUUUACUUUUAAAUCCUUUGUCCGUAGUUUACUGCAUAUUUUUUAGUUGAUGCACUGUAACUGAUUGCUUUUUAUCCAGUUCUUUUUUCUUACUUUGUAAUGUCUACUAAUAAAUUCUGAAUACAAUAGUCAUGGUUAUUGUUUUAACAAUUUAAUACACAUCAGGUGACUUUUAAUAUUUGUUUAAAAUUUUUGUACGUAUCCAUUGCCACUUACCUAACAUUUAGACCUCAGAAUGUUUUAAACUAUAAUUCUCUCUAUAUUGUACAACAUUGUUUAUAAAUAUCAUUUAUGCGCCUUCUAUCAGGUAAGUUUAAUAUGACUUUUUUACUAUGUACCUACAUCAUGUGUACAAUUGUUAUUUUUGCCUUUUUUUAAAAAAAAAAACUUGCCUACAGCUGACUGGUCUGUUUUAGGUUGUCUAUGUGCAAAAGAUCACAUCAUUGCUUUUUGCUUUUCUUAUUUAUAAUUGUAGUACAACAAGUAGUAAUAGACUUCAAUCUAUUUAUAAAGGUUGAAGUAUAAAACCUUUGUAAGUUAUUUGUUGGAUUUUAUCCAUUCAUCUAUGUAAUAGAUUACUUUGUAAAUCAUAAGUUUAUUGUCCUCCAUUUUGUUUGGUUUUAUUUCUUCUAUUUUUCUCUUUUUUAAGUUUUAGGAAAACAAAUAAUUAGGCUUCUUGUUUCCAAUUGCCUGAACCCAUUUUUUCCUUUUCUUUGCAUCUAUGUACUUUAAUAAAACCCUCUAAUAUAAUGUUUUAACUCGGU